AUGAACGGCGAUACAUUUUUCGAUUGGUUUCGGACUUUUUUGCCCAUGCUAAAAGAUAGGGCCGUAAUUAUUAUGGACAAUGCUCCUUACCACAGCAAAAAAAUUGAAAAAUAUCCCAACAUGCAGUGGAGAAAAAAUGAAAUAAUUACGUGGCUGGUGGGUAAGGCGGAAAAAGUGGAGCAACAUUUCGUGAAGGCGCAGGUAAUAGAGCUCUCUCAAAAGUAUAAGAGAAAUUAUGUUAUAGAUGAGUACGCCAAGCAACAUGGCCACAAUGUGCUCCGACUUCCUCCUUACCACUGUGAGUUGAACCCCAUCGAAUUAGCAUGGGCAAAUAUUAAAGAUUACGUGAGGGCGCGGAACACCACGUAUAAAUUACGUGAUGUUCAGCGCCUAGUAUACGAAGCAAUCGAAAAUGUAUCGCUGGAGAUGUGGCAGAAUUUUAUUCGCCAUGUAACAGAGGAGGAAAAUAGAUUCCGCCAGUUGGACCACAUCACCGACUCGAUGUUCGAUGAAAGGGCCGAAAGGGUGAAGCGGUCGGAUUCUGAAUCGGACUCCGACUCCGACUCCGAUUAG